AUGAAGUUGGGCAAAGUGGAGUUCUGCCAUCUUUUGCAGAUGAUAGCUCUUUUCCUGUGUCUUUCUGGGAUGAAUCAAGCAGAGCUCUCGAGGUCCAGGUCAAAGCCCUACUUUCAAUCAGGGAGAACGAGAACCAAACGGAGCUGGGUGUGGAACCAAUUCUUUGUACUGGAAGAAUACAUGGGUACAGACCCACUCUAUGUAGGAAAGCUUCACUCUGAUGUUGAUAAAGGAGAUGGUUCCAUCAAAUACAUCUUGUCAGGCGAAGGGGCAAGUUCUAUUUUCAUUAUUGAUGAGAACACAGGGGAUAUUCAUGCUACAAAGAGGCUGGAUCGAGAAGAGCAAGCCUACUACACGCUCCGAGCACAAGCAUUAGAUAGGCUGACUAAUAAACCCGUGGAACCAGAAUCUGAGUUCGUCAUUAAGAUUCAGGACAUCAAUGACAAUGAACCAAAAUUUCUGGAUGGUCCUUACACUGCUGGAGUUCCUGAGAUGUCUCCUGUGGGUACCUCUGUGGUUCAAGUGACAGCCACCGAUGCAGAUGAUCCUACUUACGGCAACAGUGCCAGAGUGGUUUACAGCAUACUGCAAGGACAACCUUACUUUUCUGUGGAGCCAAAGACAGGUGUUAUCAAGACUGCCCUUCCCAACAUGGAUAGAGAAGCCAAGGACCAAUACUUGCUUGUUAUCCAAGCAAAGGACAUGGUUGGGCAAAAUGGUGGAUUAUCAGGGACAACAUCUGUAACUGUCACUCUGACUGAUGUUAAUGACAACCCACCCCGCUUUCCACGUCGAUCAUAUCAGUAUAAUGUCCCAGAAUCUUUGCCUGUGGCUUCUGUGGUGGCCAGAAUAAAAGCUGCAGAUGCAGAUGUGGGACCUAAUGCUGAAAUGGAGUAUAAGAUUGUGGAUGGUGAUGGCUUAGGAGUAUUCAAAAUUUCCGUAGACAAAGAUACCCAAGAAGGAAUCAUUACAAUUCAGAAGGAGCUGGAUUUUGAAGCUAAAACAAGCUACACUCUGAGGAUAGAAGCAGCCAACAUGCAUGUUGACCCUCGCUUCCUAAGUCUGGGACCUUUCAGUGAUAUGACAACAGUGAAAAUAAUUGUGGAAGAUGUUGAUGAGCCGCCGGUGUUCACUUCCCGGUUGUAUUCCAUGGUGGUGUCUGAAGCAGCAAAGGUUGGCACUGUCAUUGGAACCGUAGCAGCCCAUGACCCAGAUGCUUCAAAUAGUCCUGUCAGGUACUCAAUAGAUCGGAACACAGACCUGGAGAGAUAUUUCAAUAUUGAUGCCAACAGUGGAGUCAUUACAACUGCCAAGUCUUUGGACAGGGAAACUAAUGCUGUUCAUAACAUCACAGUUUUGGCAAUGGAGAGUCAGAAUCCAGCACAGAUUGGGAGAGGCUAUGUAGCCAUCACAAUCCUUGACAUCAAUGACAAUGCCCCAGAGUUUGCCAUGGAAUAUGAGACAACUGUCUGCGAAAAUGCUCAAACUCAACGUAUCUUAAAACAGGUCAUCCAGAAAAUCAGUGCAAUUGAUAAAGAUGACCCACCAAAUGGUCAUCAGUUCUACUUCAGUUUAACAGCGGAGGCAGCAAAUAACCACAAUUUUACACUGCAGGACAACAAAGAUAACACUGCAACAGUGCUAACCAGAAGAAAUGGGUUCCGGAGACAGGAACAAUCUGUUUUCUACUUGCCAAUAUUCAUUGUGGACAGCGGAUCACCUUCGCUUAGUAGCACUAACACCCUCACCAUCAGAGUCUGUGACUGUGAUGCAGAUGGUAUUGCUCAGACGUGCAAUGCGGAGGCAUACAUCUUGCCUGCAGGACUUAGCACUGGAGCUCUGAUAGCAAUACUGGCUUGUGUCUUGACGUUGCUAGUUCUUGUCUUGCUGAUCGUCACCAUGAGGCGACGGAAAAAAGAGCCCCUUAUUUUUGAUGAAGAGAGAGAUAUCAGAGAAAACAUUGUGAGGUAUGAUGAUGAGGGUGGUGGAGAGGAAGAUACAGAGGCUUUUGACAUGGCUGCCUUGAGGAACCUCAACAUCAUCCGAGAUACCAAGACGAGAAGGGAUGUGACGCCCGAGAUUCAAUUCUUGAGCAGACCGACAUUUAAAAGCAUCCCAGACAACGUCAUUUUUAGGGAGUUUAUCUGGGAGAGACUAAAAGAAGCGGACGUGGACCCGUGCGCCCCUCCGUACGACUCCCUGCAGACAUAUGCCUUUGAGGGGAACGGCUCCGUGGCGGAGUCGCUCAGCUCGUUAGAUUCCAUCAGUUCAAACUCUGAUCAGAAUUACGAUUACCUCAGUGACUGGGGCCCUCGUUUUAAACGCCUCGCAGAUAUGUAUGGCACUGGACCAGACUGCUUAUACUCAUAGCCUUGGACCCUUCCUUUGAAAAUGCACUGAAGAAUACUAAAACAUAAAAAACUCAACUGUACGGACUGAAGAGAGUUGUACAUAUUUCUCCAUUUUUAACCGGUUAGGUUUUUUUUGCCUUGGUGAAACAUAUUGUCAUUAGACUUGUCCUAGGGACUGCACUGACCACACAGAAUCUGAGCAUUUGAUGGCAUUUUUGAUAAAAUGAAAUGCUCAGCCACGUUCAAAUAGAUAGCAACCCUCAGGUACCUGCAGAGGCAACUGACUUCCAGGGGUAGGUAGCACGCUGUGACCUCAACGAGCCAAUGACACUCUGUAGAUGCCUUCACACUCCUGCUAUAUCUAGAAGGCAGAGUCUCUUAUCAGAGAUAAGUGUAAGAAGAAACAAAUCAACAAAUCUAAUAUGUCAUUCAAUGCAACAUUACAAUAUAAGAUAUUUACAAAUUCAACUUUUUUGACAAAUUUUCUUUGCUGUGUUGCACGCAGCUUGCUAGGUCAAAAACAGGAAGACAGAUACAAAACAGACAAAAGCACAGGAGAUCAUUUUUUAAUUGUUCUUGCUAGUCCUUGGAGCUAUUUAAUUGGAAGUCUCUGUAAGUUCCUAGGUAAUUUUAUGAAAAAUUACAUUUUUUACUAUGGAAUCCUGCAAUGUUUGUCAUCGACUUACCAAAGUAGUUUAUAAACCCCAUAAAAUAAGAAAUAUGGAAGGGUAGUCUUAAAGAUGAAAAAAUAUUUGAUGCCCAUGUAAGUACAGAAAAAAGUUGCUAUCUAUUUGCUAUUUUUUUAUUAUCUCUUCUGAUUUGUACAGGAGAAUUUAUCCUUUUUUAUUAUUAUUUGACAUAAAGUGUUAUAUUUAUUUUGGAGCUCCAAUUUCCACUAAAUUCAGGUCCAUUUUAUUGCCUCAUAGUAUUAGAUCUGUCAGAACGUGCUGAUUUUUCUCCAGUCUCAGAUAAAUGUAGGAAAUGAAGCAUGGAAAUGGAGAAAUUACAGUAAAGCAAUCGAGCCCACCAUUCAUCUCUCAGAAAGGAGAACAGCUACAAGGACAUGCAGUCGUUCUUCUGAGCCAGUACAAAGUCUGAGACAUUUAAAUAAAAUAUUUGUACACUGCAUUUUUGGAAAGAAGACUACAGAGGUAGCUGGGAGCAUCUUUAAUGCAAGAUUUAGUUUUCAAGGUCAAACAUCCUAUAUGCUUCGAAGACUUUAAACACCCAGCUUCCCCCCUUCCCCUUCUCUUUUGCUGCUGAUGAAUCACAGUAAAAGACUCACUUAAAUUUCUUUCAUAUGUUAAGCAAUGUAAUGCUAUUAACUCCAGUAUCCAUCUUUAGAUCCUGCUGCACAUAGAUAUUUUCCCCCAAAGGAGUUAACUUCACUACACAUAAUUUCUACACUGAUUCAGGAGUGCCCAAACAGAAGGACAACUGCUGUCAGUUAAAAUACUGUAUGAUUUUGAAGUAGGAUUUCUUAGAAUAAGACAACUUUUUUAUGAUUAUGAUGAUAUUUAUACUUCAUCUUUCAUGAUUUAUUAUUAGAUAAUAAGGCAUAUAUUAAAGUAACAAUAGUGUUUUUUGAAUAUUCUUUCAGAUUGUUUUGUUUUAGAUGAUCCGUAGAUGAGUUGCUAAGUCAGACUCUGCUCCUGCAAACUUAAUGACUUGACUUGCCUAUGAUUACUGAGAGGCAUAUGUAAGUGUUUGCAGGACUGGGCCUAUGUCUGUGAAUUGAAGGUACUCCAUAAAGG